AUUGCCAUACUCGUAAUAGUGUUGGAUGCACUUGUGUGAAAUUCAGUGACAAUUAGGUUAUACUGAAAUGGCAAUGAACUGAAACGGGGUCAUUGCACGCAAAUGUUUACAUUUUUACCUUUUAAAUAAACAUUUCACUUGUUCAUAAUCGUUUGUAUACGCUAUUUAAGGUGACUAAUUUUCAUAUUUGUAUCUGUUCAGUGAAGUUGUUCAGAGUUAAGGCAAUAAAAUACUUAUAAAACAUAACUGAGAGGUAUAAAUCGUUGGUGAAAAGCAUAUGUUAUACAUCCAAGAAUAAGGAAUAUACCACUCAGAGAAAAGAAAUCGGAAUACCCACGAACACAGUGGGUUAUCGGCAUGGACGCCGCGUGGCGCGGGGGACUUUGGUUUCGGCUGUGUCAACAACAGACACGUUGUACACUCUGAUGUAAGAACGAUCUCACGUCUAGAAACUGACAUGGCUGAAUUGAUAAAAGUCCGGCAUAUAGAUGGCCUUGACGGUGAAACAGAAAAGAAACAGGACCAAGACAAACGAAACGGAGAAGACAACAAAGGGUACUCUGAUUAUUAUGACACUGAACUACCAGUGAAUGCCGAGAAAGGAAACAAGAGCGAGAAAUCACCAAAAUCGCAGGAAAAGUCAAAGAAGAUGCAGACGGCAAUUCUGUCCGGGCUUCAAUACAAAGUGGACGAUAAUCCGCCAUGGAUUACCACGUUUCUGCUAGGAUUCCAGCAUUACCUUAUGUUGUUGAGUUCGAACCUCGCGACUCCUGGUAUUAUGGCUUCAGUGAUUUGUGCUAUUGGCAUCCCUGAAGAAAACCACGUGAAAUCCAUGCUACUAGGAAACAUGAUCUUCGCGUGUGGAAUAUGUACACUCAUACAAACGUUCUUCGGUGCGAGAUUACCUAUAGUACAGUGUCCAGCAUAUGCGUACAUAGUUCCUAUGUUAGCGCUGACCAAAAUAGGGCAAUGGAAAUGCACAGCUGCCGAUGCUGCCAACAUUGAAAAUGGUGUCAACACAACGACAAUGCUGCCAAAUACAACCAUAGGCGGGAACGAGGAGAAAGAAUACAUAACUAGAAUUAACAUGUUAACUGGCACCAUCAUGGUCGCCGCAGUCCUGGAGAUUUUAAUCGGAGUGAGUGGUUUGGUCAGUGUGUUAUUACGAUUUAUUGGACCAUUGACGGUAGCUCCAACUAUAAUGUUGAUGGGUCUUUCUGUAGCGGAGACAGGAUUCAACCUUGCCGGGCAGCAUUGGGGUAUCUCAGGAGGAACCAUUGUUUUAAUCAUUCUCUUCUCUGAAGUGAUCCCAGUGUUUGAAAUUCGUAAUCCAUUCAGUAAAGGGCGUGAACAGAAGAUCGAGUUUGUACUCCAUAAAUUGUUUUCAGUAAUCCUGUCCACCUGUAUAAUGUGGUUGCUAUGUUACAUUCUCACUGCCACGGGUGCCCUCCCUGAUAACGAGAAGAUGUAUGGGUAUAACGCGAGAACCGAUCUCAGACUGAACGUCAUCAGCGAAGUCCCAUGGGUCAGAUUUCCAUACCCAGGUCACUGGGGAGUGCCAACCUUUAACUCUGCAUUCUUUGUUGCAAUGGUUGCUGGGGUAGUUACCUCCGUUAUAGAGAGUAUUGGAGAUUACUACACAUGCGCGAGAUUGGCAGGUGCCCUUCCACCACCACCGUCUGCUGUAAACAGAGGGAUAUUUGUUGAGGGUAUCGACUGUAUUUUAGCAGCUGCAGUUGGUGCAGGAUUUGGUGUGACGUCAUGUAGCCAAAACAUAGGUGUGAUUAGCUUGACAAAGGUCGGUAGCAGACGAGUAGUUUUGACAGCUGGAUUUAUUAUGGUGUUAUUUGGAUGUCUAGGAAAAUUCAGUGCUCUAGUUGUCACUAUGCCUGAUCCAAUCAUUGGAGCGUCUUUCCUUGUCCUCUUCGGUGUUCUGGCUGCAGUGGGAGCAUCAAAUCUACAAUAUGUUGAUCUCAAUUCAUCGAGAAAUCUCGUAGUGUUUGGUAUAUCUUUGUUCCUUGGUCUCGCUUUUCCGAACUGGGUCGUUGAUAAUGCCGAUCUCAUCAAAACAGAUAAUAAUAAUUUAGAUCAGGUGAUCAAUGCACUCCUUGCGAACAAUAUGUUCAUGGGCUGUUUUUCCGCUCUGAUUUUGGAUAAUGUCAUACCAGGUACAGACGAGGAACGCGGUAUCAUUAUUUGGAGAGAGGUUCCUGAUUACUCUGAUGAAGACAGUGACGACCUAGAUGAAUAUGACAAUGUCAAUCUAAGUCUCAAAACUUACGAUCUUCCAUUUUUCAACAAUUUGGUACGAAACUGGAAGUGGGGAAAAUAUGUCCCUAUCUUUCCGGCUUUUCAAGGCUUUGACGAGGCAAGGUGUCCGUGCGAAUGCCUACAAAGUAAUUCUCUGGCGGCGGAUGAAGAAAUUGAAGUUAUACAUAACUGUAAUGAAGAAGACAGUGAAAAGAAGUCUAAAUUGUCAGAGUUUUAAAGACAAUUUUUGACUGUAAUGAAGAAGACAGGGAAAAGAAGUCUAAAUUGUCAGAAUUUUAAAGACAAUUUAAAAUUAACACAUUCAUUUAUUAUAAUUUUCAGUAAAAUUCUAGAUACAUUGUAUGCAGUGAAAACGAGACUCGGUCAAAAAGAAAAUGAAAUCUGAAAAGUAACGCACGGUUAUUUAAUAUGUUAAAUGUUUAAUCAUUCUUGCUAUAUUCAUUUUGUGCAGUAAGUUAUUAACACUAACCGGAAACCUUGGAUUUUUUGGAUAUGUUGGACGGAAACUAGUAUCUAAUCAAUAUCUAUAUUCAACACAUUUUUAAUACAUUUUAAGACUAAUGUGUAGUUCUGUAGCAACCAUUGUUUAAAUAUCUUCACAGACAUAGCAGUAAGUCACAGAAUCAAUAACUCAUUGUGUGCAACAGUAAGAGCAAAACGUCAUAUUCUUAUGAUUAGUGUAUUUUAUGAGUGUAACAAGUGAAGAAUACAUCAUUUGCCCACUGAAUUCCUCAAAGUAGCCAUAUUGUGAGUUUUUGAAGAUAAACGUGCGGGAGUCCCCGAAACUGUUAUUUGUGUAAUUUUGAUGUCAUUGUUUAUUAUUAACUGUCAGUAUACUUUUUGCUAUGGCAUUAUCUUCUUACAAUUAUAAAGAUGGGCAAUUAUUAGAAAUGUUGUAGGAAAUUUAGUUUGCUCCAGAUAUCUUAGUAUUCAGGUGGCAGGUGAGCAAUAGCUAAAUUAGCAGAAGUAAAGGAAUUCGCAAUAUACAGUUUGAACAAAAUAGACAACCUAUAUACAUCUCAGCAUGUGUUUUAUUGCUCAGUGGUAUUCAUUUUACACGCAAAGGUUGUAAUUGGAUACAUACAUGUGUAUAUCUAUGUCAUGCCGUUGAGAUCUGAAUAAAUAAAUAAAUAAAUAAAUAAAUAGAUAAAUACAUAAUGAUAUUAUUCAAAACUGUUCAAAAUGUAUAUGUCACUGUAAUGGAAAUAUUUAGGACAGAUUUAUACACAAUCGCUUAUUGGUACUGCAUUAAACUUUUAUGAAAUACGGAAUGUGCAAUGCCCCGAAAAUCAAUGUUAUGCACCAUUUACAGAAUCACCGUGAAUUCCUUACUAUGAGCCAAUUUUAAAUGCAAAUUAAUAUAUCUUUUUAUACUGUAACAACAGUUCAUUUUGACUGGGUUCUAAUUAAUAGGCUCGAUGUUUGAUUGAUACGCAUAUUUUUUACGAUAUGUAUUGCACUUAAUUUAAGCAGAGUGGUAAUAUUCCAGAAGGUUAUCCUUAAUAUGUAAACGGAAGAACUAUUUCUUACUUUAUUGUUUUCUGUAAAAUGAAUUAACUUCACUGCAAGCCGCCCACUGGCACCCAUAUCCCUAAAUUGCAUAAAAUUGCAUAUUUAUUCAGCAAUAUUUGCUGUGUAUAUAUUUUACAUUAGCUUUAUCUAUAUUGUGUAUAUCUGUAAAAUGUUAUUUUAGAAUAAAUGUAAAUUUGUAAAAUUCGUUCGAUUAUUUA